UUCUAUUCAUCUCACUGAAAAGAGUAUGCGCAACGCAGUCUUUCGUGAAAUCACACAUUCAAUUGAAUGUUCCCCGUCAAAGUCCUCGAAAAGGAACUGAUGGUGGCGUUCUCUGAUCUGUAAUUUGGGUAGAGUCAUUCACCAUGCGCUCCAAAUUUUACCGUCUCUCAUCCAUUGAAUGAACACGUCGGCUACAAUAUUCUCGCCACAUUGAAUAGAAUCAUCGGGCAGUGAUGGAACAGUUGAAAACAAAUACUAUCUGCACGCUGCACACCUUUAAUCGCAUUUUGGAGCCGAAUAAUAACUAAACAAUUCCAUUGACUCUGAUGCAUCGUUAAUGUUGGAUUUUUCCUCCACACCGCGUGCUUUACUCUUGAAACAUCGUUGAUGUUUGAUUUUUCCUCCACACCGAAUGCUUUCCUUCUGAAACAUCGUCAAUGUUUGAUUUUUCCUCCACACCGCAUGCUUUUCUCCUAAUAAAUAUACCCACGCCACGAGAAAUGGAGAAAAAGCAGAAGAGUUAAUUACUGUAAAUUGAUCGAACAGAGAUAAUAAUGGGUUUCAGAUUGGGAGGCUUCGGUAUUUCAAUGUACAGGUGUCUCAAUAAUAAUAUUCGUUCCAGAAGGGUUACCUGUUUUGGGUCACCUUCCGUUAAAGUGGACGAGGGGCUCAUCAAUUUGGAGGGUAUUUUGGCUUUUAGAGGCGCUCUGCCAUUGCACUUGGAAUUUGGUAGAAGAUCACAUAUGGGCCACACACAUCAUCAUGAUCAUCCUGAAGGGAUUGCAGAUGGAGAAGCGGGAGUGCGUGUGUCCAAAUUGGGAUUGGCGGCUGAUGUUGCACUGGCUGGCGGGAAGACAAUGGCAGGCUAUUUGUCUGGGAGCACUGCCAUCAUUGCAGAUGCAGCACAUUCUAUAUCUGAUGUUGUUCUAAGUGGAGUUGCAUUAUGGUCUUUCAAAGCUGCAAGGGUUCCCAAAGACAAGGAGCAUCCUUAUGGACAUGGAAAGUUUGAGACUGUAGGAGCACUUGGAAUUUCAUUAAUGCUUUUAGCAACUGGUGGUGGUAUUGCAUGGCAUGCUGUUGAUGUCCUCCAGGGCUUGCUGAAUUCAUCUUCCCAUUUGGACAUGCAUUCCUUGAUGCAUACACAUGGAAGUAAUCAUGCACAUGGGGGCCAUCAUCAUGGAAUUGAUAUGGAACACCCUAUCUUAGCACUAAAUACAGCAAUAAUAUCAAUAGGUGUCAAAGAAGGACUCUAUUGGGUGACAAAAAGAGCUGGGGAAAAGAUAGGGAGUGGGCUUUUGAAAGCUAAUGCAUGGCAUCAUCGUGCUGAUGCUGUUUCAUCAGUAAUUGCGCUUGUGGGUGUUGGAGGCAGAGUCUUGGGAGUGCCAUUUUUAGAUCCUUUGGCGGGGAUCCUAGUAUCAGGCAUGAUUGUAAAAGCUGGUCUCCAAAAUGGUUAUCAGAGCAUGUUGGAGCUGGUUGAUGUUGGUGCCCCAGAAUCAUUGUUGGCUCCUUUUCGCCAAACAGUUUUGCAAGUAGAAGGAGUCAAGGGUUGUCAUCACUUGAGGGGCCGGAAAGCGGGAUCAUUGGUGCACCUCGACAUUCACAUUGAGGUGGAUCCAUUUCUAAGUGUCAGUGCAGCUCAUAACAUUGGUGAGACUGUUAGACAUGAACUUCAUGAAAGACAUUCUGAAGUAGCAGAAGUAUUUAUACACAUUGAUCCUUCACAUUUAGAAAACUGUCUUGCUAGACAAGGUGCAAGAAAUAACAUCAUAGAAGAGAGUAAGCAAAACAAUUCACUUAUGACUUCUACACAACAACUGGAAACUGAGAAAACUGUUCACAAUGUUUUGUCUACCAAGUUUUCUGAGACUAUGACAGUUGAGCAUGUAACAAGCCAUUUUUUGCAAGGCAAGGUAUUUGUCCAAGUUCAGAUCUCCAUAUUGGCAGAUAUCCUAAUCAGGGAUGCCAUGGCUAUUGCAUUGGACGCAGAGAAGGAGAUUUUGCAAGCAUCAUCAGAAAUUUCUUCAGUCAACAUUUUGUUAAGACUGGGUCCUCAACUCAAAGAAGCACAACUGCAAUCUAAUUUAUGAACAAGGAUAAAUAAUGAUAUAUUCUUUGACACCUGUGGAUUCUCAGAUUCUCACUGCAUAUUAUUCUUUCCUUUUAAUAAGAAUGAUCUUCAUUUACUUCA